UUCAAUUGCUUGUUAAUUUUUAUUAUUAUUAUCUUUUUAUCUUUGCCCCGUUGCUCUCUUAAGCUAUCUGUUCUUCUAAGUUCUGUCCAUUUAUGACAUCAAUCUCUGGUGGGUUGUUUGGUUGCUGUUGCUUGUUGUAGCUGUUUAUGUGAUCUGAAUCUGUUCCAAUUCCUUUUGUUUGUUUCUUCUGGAUUGCAAGUAACUAUAUGUUUUAUCCCUCCCUUGCUUUGAUCCACUUAUCUAAGCUUAUCUUCAAACAAGUUCUGCUCUCCCUUUUGAUGCUAUUCAUUGUUACUCAUCACAGAUUCACCUCUUGCCAUUUCAUGCUUUGUGAUUUCUCUUUUGCUCAAUUCAGGACUAGUAUUAGCUGACCCAGAACUCAAAACAUAGUCUUGUUCACUUGUCUGUUAUGUGGGUAUUGUGUUUUCGAAGUAUUGUGUGUUAGCUUGGGAUUAUAAAAGAAUGGUGUCAAGAUCCUAUUCAAAUCUAUUAGACCUGGCCUCUGGUGAGGCUCCAUCAUUUGGGUAUAUGAACAGGAGAAUUCCAAGGAUUAUGACUGUGGCUGGGUUGAUAUCUGAUGUUGAUGAUGACCCAGAGGAGAGUGUGUGCUCUGAUCCAUCUUCUUCUACAGUGCACAGAGACAGGAUCAUAAUAGUGGCUAAUCAGCUCCCUAUUAGGGCUCAGAGGAAGCCAGAUGGUAAUAGGAAUUGGUCUUUUGAAUGGGAUGAGAAUUCACUUCUUCAAUUGAAAGAUGGAUUAGGGGAUGAUGAUAUUGAGGUUAUUUAUGUUGGAUGUCUUAAGGAAGAUGUUCAUCUAAAUGAACAGGAUGAGGUUUCACAGAUACUUCUUGAGAACUACAAGUGUGUCCCAACUUUUCUCCCACCUGAUAUGUUUACUAGGUACUAUCAUGGGUUUUGCAAACAACAGUUGUGGCCACUGUUUCAUUACAUGUUGCCUCUGUCACCAGAACUUGGUGGUAGGUUUAAUAGGUCACUUUGGCAAGCUUAUGUCUCAGUCAAUAAAAUUUUUGCAGAUAGGAUCAUGGAAGUUAUUAACCCUGAAGAUGAUUUUGUGUGGAUACAUGAUUAUCAUCUGAUGGUGUUACCAACUUUCUUAAGGAAGAGAUUUAACAGAGUUAAACUGGGAUUCUUCCUUCAUAGCCCAUUCCCUUCAUCAGAAAUAUAUAAGACAUUGCCUGUUAGGGAAGAGCUCUUGAGAGCCCUCCUUAAUUCGGAUUUGAUUGGGUUCCACACUUUUGAUUAUGCGCGACAUUUCCUCUCCUGUUGUAGUCGGAUGCUCGGUCUUACCUACGAAUCGAAGCGUGGUUACAUUGGGAUAGAGUAUUAUGGUAGGACUGUUAGUAUCAAAAUUCUUCCUGUUGGUAUACAUAUGGGUCAGCUUCAAUCAGUUUUAAGACUGCCGAAGACUGAAGAAAAAGUUUGUGAGCUCAUUAGACAGUUUUCUGAUCGAGGAAGGACAAUGUUGCUUGGGGUGGAUGACAUGGAUAUUUUUAAGGGUAUAAGUUUGAAGCUAUUGGCCAUGGAGCAGCUUCUCAUGCAGCACCCUGAGUAUCAGGGAAAGGUAGUACUGGUCCAGAUAGCUAAUCCUGCGAGGGGACGGGGGAAGGAUGUGAAAGAAGUGCAAGCUGAGACGAAGGCCACCGUAAAACGGAUUAAUGAAUCAUUUGGGAAACCCGGGUAUGAUCCUGUUAUUCUGAUUGAGGAGCCUCUCGAGUUUUAUGAGAGGGUUGCAUACUAUGUUGUUGCGGAGUGUUGUUUGGUCACUGCAGUAAGGGAUGGAAUGAAUCUCAUACCAUAUGAAUAUAUAAUUAGUCGUCAAGGAAAUGAAACAUUGGAUAAAGUUUUGGGGUUAGCUUCCUCCCCUAAGAAGAAAAGCAUGUUAGUUGUGUCUGAGUUCAUUGGCUGUUCUCCAUCUUUAAGUGGAGCAAUCAGAGUGAACCCGUGGAAUGUGGAUGCAGUAGCAGAUGCAAUGGACACUGCCUUGGAAAUGGCUGAUUCAGAGAAACAGCUUAGGCAUGAAAAACAUUAUAGAUAUGUUAGUACUCAUGAUGUUGGUUACUGGGCCCGAAGCUUCUUACAAGAUUUGGAAAGGACUUGUAGUGAUCAUGUACGGCGAAGGUGGUGGGGAAUUGGGUUUGGAUUAAGUUUUAGAGUUGUAGCACUUGAUCCAAACUUCAGGAAGCUCUCAAUGGAGCACAUAGUUUCAGCUUACAAGCGGACAACAACUAGGGCAAUUCUUCUAGACUAUGAUGGUACACUAAUGCCUCAGGCUUCCAUUGAUAAGAGCCCAACCAGUAAAUCCAUUGAAAUUCUUAGUAGUUUGUGUAGAGAUAAGAACAACGUGGUGUUUCUUGUUAGUGCUAGAAGCCGAAAGACACUUAAUGAAUGGUUUUCUCCUUGUGAGAAUCUCGGAAUUGCAGCUGAGCAUGGUUACUUUCUAAGAAUGAAGCGAGAUGAAGAAUGGGAAACAUGUGUUCCUGCGAUAGACCAUAGUUGGAAACAAAUUGCAGAGCCGGUAAUGAAACUUUAUACUGAAACAACUGAUGGAUCCACCAUUGAAGAUAAGGAGACUGCACUUGUCUGGUGCUAUGAGGAUGCAGAUCCAGAUUUUGGAUCAUGCCAAGCUAAGGAACUUCUUGAUCAUCUGGAAAGUGUGCUUGCAAAUGAACCAGUAACAGUCAAGAGUGGCCAGAAUAAUGUAGAGGUUAAACCACAGGGUGUGAGCAAGGGACUAGUGGCCAAACGCCUUCUUUCUGCAAUGCAAGAAAAGGAAAUGUCACCUGAUUUUGUUUUGUGUAUAGGAGAUGACAGGUCUGAUGAAGACAUGUUUGAGGUAAUCACAAGUUCAAUGGCUGGUCCAAUUGCUCCAAGGGCUGAAGUGUUUGCAUGCACUGUUGGUCGAAAACCCAGUAAAGCUAAGUACUAUCUUGAUGAUACAGCUGAAAUAGUGAGAUUGAUUCAGGGUUUAGCCUGUGUUUCUGAACAAAGAGUUCUAUGUUAAGCAAGGGAAAGGUGUUGGUGAAAAAGGAAUUGCACUUGCUUUUCUUUGUCAUUGAGCAUGUAGGGUCAGUUAUGCUCUCCAUACAAGUUCUUUUUGUUUUCUUUAUAUUCCAUGUAAAUUAUUAUAGUUGUUACCGAGAGAAGUUCUGUAUCGAAUUCUGUUCCCUUAAAUGCUUGAUUUCUAUAAGGAAAACUUGUACAUAUGUUUAGUUUUCCGCUAUGAACACAGCUUUGCAUUCCUUUGUUAAAUGAUGCCGUCUGUUUCUGACUUUA